AUGGUGGCUGUUGCAGCCCAGCGGCUCCAAGACUACUUCGAUAAGACGCGGCUUGUGGGGGGUCCAGGGGGUGUUGGUCAGGAAUCGGUUGGACUGAGGGGUGAGGAGGUGGAGGGGGAUGAUGCGAGCGGGGAGACGGCGUGGCAGCGGUGGGAGAGGGUUUUUGGCGAAGUGGAGGAACGAGAGGCCAUGCUGACGAGUCUGCAGUUCCAACUGGACGACCUGGUGGGAGACGAGGACUUCACAGCAGCCGCCAAGCUGCAAGCAGCCAUCCGCGCUCUGGAGGAGCAAGACGCCAUGGCUGCCGUUUUCACUGAGCUCAAGGCGGCGGUGGCGGAGGAGAGGUACAGCGAUGCCAAACACCUCCGCGACGAUGCUGGCGCUGGCCUGGUUGGGUGGUGGGCAGGGCUGGACGAGAGUGGGUCAGCGGACCCCUUUGGGCGGCUGGUGCACGUGUCACAGCAGCACGGCAAGCUGCUCGCCAAGUCGUACACUGCCAAGCAGCUGUCCGUGGCAGGGCAGGGCAUUCCCAUCUUUGAGGUCUAUGUGGCUCGCAAUGCUGCCAACCCCAAGCGAUACGACCGCCAGGUGUGGAUUGCACUGCCAAAGGCGCUUCCACCGCCACCACAAAUCCUCCGCCAAGCACCACUGCCUCAAACAGCAGCAAUGCCACCGAUGCUGCCCCCCCAACUUCGACCCAAUCAUCAGCAGCAUCCGCGUCUGCCCCAUCCUCGCCGCGUGCAAAGGGUUCAGGAUGCUGUGUCGUUCAGCUGGGGGAAGAAGCAAGCAGUAGAUGAUGGCAAGCUGGGUGAUUCAGGGGUAGGGGCAGGAACAGGAGCAGGAGGGGUGGCAGGGGCAGGAGAGAAGGGUGGCAGUGCAUCUCAAUCGCCAGCAGAUCCAGCCACAGGCCAGGCGUCACCUUCACCAGUCCCACCCACCCCUCCUCCCUCUCCCUCCUCUGCCUCCUCUCCUCCCUCCUCCCCUUCCUCUGCCUCCCCUGCUUCCUCUGUUCCCUCCUCUCUCCCACCCGGCGCUGACGAUAGCUUAUCGCGGGUGCUUGAUUUCUUCCGGGAGCGGUUACCAGACAUGAAGCUGCGGGUCUUCCCGGUCGUGUCCCCUGCUGACGUGGCAGCACCGGACGGGUCGGGCGCGGCGGGGACUGCAGAUAUUCCGCGAAUAGUAGAGGAUGUGGUGAAGCGGAUUGCGAGGGAUAGGGAGUCCGCAGCUGCUGCUGCGGGAGAGGCAGCAGCGUCAGCAGCAUCAGCAGCAGCGGGCGAGGGAGGAAAAGAGGGGGAUUCUGGCAGUGGCAGUGGUGCAGGUGAUGGUGUGGGGAAAGUUGAGGAGAAAGGUGAGGGGCCACUACAACCAGAUGGUACUAAGGAUGGCAGUGAAGGGGAUGUUCCAGGCAGAGGUGACACGAGUGACUGUGGAGAAGGGGAGAGCAGUUUGCAGGGGCCCAGUUUGCAGAGGAGUGGAACGUCUGGAGCUGGUGAGGCUGUUGGUGAAGCGGCUGAAGCGGGAGAGGCAGCAGGGCAGUCUGUACAGGCAGCAGGAGCAGGUGCAGGGAGCACAGGCAGUGGAGAAGACGACCCGAGGUGUGCCAGUCAGCUGCCAGAGCGUGACUUGAGGCGACUGAGGGCGUUCAGAGAGAGAAACGGGAUGACUGGCGAGGGCACAGGUGGUAGCAAGACCUCUAAUGGCAGUGACAGUGACAGCAGCAACAGCAGCAGCAGAGGAGAAGGCAGAGAAGAGAUUUCAGGUGGGCUGGACAGGGAGGGACUCUCGGGCACAUCUGGUCCUGGCAGAAGCAGUAGAGAGGGCGGGGGUGGUGGUGUUGGUGAGGGAGAAGGCGGGGCAGGGCGAGGCGAUGGCGAGGAUGCAUCAGAGGAUGCAGAGGGGCGGCAGGGCAUUGCCGUGCGCGUGGUGGUGGGCGGGGUGUUCCCAGGUGACGGUGCAGGGGAGAGCGUGAGCAAGGUGCCGGCUAGGAUAGAGUGGCGAGGCAAGGACGCGUUCGUACUCACUGUGGAGGACAGCAAGGGUGAUGGGGAUGGGGCGAGCAGCAGCAGCACCGGAGCAUCCGCAAUUGACCCAGCAACACCCCAAUCGCCCUCUUCCUCCUCUUCCUCGUCCUCCUCCUCCUCGUCGCAGUCAGCAGCGGUGGCGGCGGCAGUGAGUGAGCGGCUGGCGUCAGCAGCGACAAGGGCAGCAGCGAAUCUGAUGCCGGAAGACGUGGCCAAGCAGCUGUGGGGCGUCGACCGUUUCUCAGGACCCGAGGUGUUCAAGGACAAGGACGUGGCGCAGCUGAUCCGCACGGCAGUGCAGCACGUGCAGAGGAGGCGCUACACACUGCCCCGCACCACCGCCUUCACUCGCAUCCAUGCCGCCGAUGCCACCACCGACCCCUUUGCUGGUACGUGCAUCUUUUUUGCUGAGGCUGUGAGGCUCUCCUUCUCUUCUUCUGCAGCUUGA